UAGCGGAAGAGGAAGCAGGCGCGUGGGACGCUCUACGGGGGCCGGCAGGGUUCCGCGGAUGCUGUAGCCCCGAAUCGAGAAGCACCCCGGGGAGGUGCGGGGGGCCUCGGGCCGUCGUUUCUCUAACCCGAGUCCCCGCGAGGGCUCCCCUGCAGCCGCCGCCAUGGUGAAGGAGCAGUUCCGGGAGACGGACGUGGCCAAGAAAAUAAGCCACAUCUGUUUUGGAAUGAAGUCCCCCGAGGAGAUGCGGCAGCAGGCGCACAUCCAGGUUGUGAGCAAGAACCUGUACAGUCAGGACAACAACCACGCCCCGCUGCUGUAUGGCGUGCUGGACCACAGGAUGGGUACGAGUGAGAAGGACCGUCCUUGUGAAACCUGUGGGAAGAACUUGGCCGACUGUCUGGGCCAUUAUGGCUACAUUGACCUGGAGUUGCCGUGUUUCCACGUGGGGUACUUCAGAGCCGUCAUAGGCAUCUUACAGAUGAUCUGCAAGACCUGCUGCCACAUCCUGCUGUCCCCGGAGGAGAAGAAGCAGUUCCUGGAUUACCUCAAGAGGCCCGGCCUCACCUACCUGCAGAAGCGAGGGCUGAAGAAGAAGAUCUCGGAGAAGUGCCGCAAGAAGAAUGCCUGCCAUCACUGUGGCGCCGUCAAUGGUACUGUGAAGAAAUGUGGACUACUGAAGAUAAUUCACGAGAAAUACAAGACCAACAAGAAGGUGGUGGACCCCAUCGUCUCCACUUUCCUUCAGUCUUUUGAAACGGCCAUUGAACAUAACAGAGAAGUGGAGCCGCUCCUGGGGAGGGCACAGGAAAACUUGAAUCCCUUAAUAGUUCUGAACUUAUUUAAACGAAUCCCGGCUGAAGAUGUCCCUCUCCUCCUCAUGAACCCAGAAGCUGGAAAGCCCUCUGACUUGAUCCUCACCCGGCUCUUGGUGCCUCCCCUGUGUAUCAGACCCUCUGUCGUGAGUGACCUGAAGUCCGGCACCAAUGAAGAUGAUCUGACGAUGAAAUUGACAGAAAUAAUCUUUCUAAAUGACGUCAUUAAAAAGCACCGGAUCUCAGGCGCCAAGACGCAGAUGAUCAUGGAGGACUGGGACUUCCUGCAGCUGCAGUGUGCGCUCUACAUCAACAGCGAGCUCUCAGGCAUCCCCCUCAACAUGGCGCCCAAAAAGUGGACCAGAGGCUUCGUGCAGCGUCUCAAGGGCAAACAAGGUCGGUUCAGAGGCAAUCUGUCGGGAAAGAGAGUGGAUUUUUCUGGCAGAACUGUCAUCUCACCUGACCCCAACCUCCGGAUUGAUGAAGUAGCUGUCCCGGUUCAUGUGGCCAAAAUUCUAACUUUUCCUGAGAAGGUGAAUAAAGCAAACAUCAAUUUUUUGAGGAAACUGGUUCAAAAUGGCCCUGAAGUGCACCCAGGAGCUAACUUCAUUCAGCAGAGGCACAUGCACAUGAAAAGGUUUCUGAAGUACGGGAAUCGUGAAAAGAUGGCGCAGGAGCUCAAGUACGGGGACGUCGUGGAGAGACACCUGAUAGACGGGGAUGUGGUGCUCUUCAACCGGCAGCCCUCCCUGCACAAACUGAGCAUCAUGGCGCACCUGGCCAGGGUCAAGCCCCAUCGGACGUUCAGGUUCAACGAGUGUGUCUGCACGCCUUACAACGCGGACUUCGAUGGCGACGAGAUGAAUCUUCACUUGCCUCAGACGGAGGAGGCCAAAGCAGAGGCCCUCGUUCUCAUGGGGACUAAAGCAAAUCUUGUAACCCCAAGGAAUGGUGAGCCCCUGAUAGCUGCUAUUCAGGAUUUCCUAACAGGUGCCUACCUCCUUACUCUCAAAGACACUUUCUUCGACCGAGCCAAGGCUUGCCAGAUCAUUGCCUCCAUACUGGUCGGCAAAGAUGAGAAAAUCAAAGUCCGCCUCCCACCCCCUACAAUAUUAAAGCCUGUCACCCUGUGGACUGGCAAGCAGAUCUUCAGUGUUAUCCUGAGGCCUAGUGACGACAGCCCAGUGAGGGCCAAUCUGCGGACCAAGGGCAAGCAGUACUGUGGCAAAGGAGAAGACCUGUGUGUCAAUGACUCCUAUGUCACCAUCCAAAACAGUGAAUUGAUGAGUGGGAGCAUGGACAAAGGCACUUUGGGUUCUGGAUCCAAGAACAACAUUUUCUACAUCUUGCUGCGAGACUGGGGACAGAAUGAAGCUGCUGAUGCGAUGUCUCGGCUGGCCAGGCUGGCUCCUGUCUACCUGUCAAACCGCGGCUUCUCCAUUGGGAUUGGUGACGUCACACCUGGCCAGGGACUGCUGAAGGCCAAGUAUGAGUUGUUGAAUGCUGGCUACAAGAAAUGUGAUGAGUACAUCGAAGCCCUGAACACCGGCAAGCUGCAGCAGCAGCCUGGCUGCACAGCCGAGGAGACCCUGGAGGCUCUGAUCCUGAAGGAGCUGUCUGUGAUCCGUGACCACGCCGGCAGUGCCUGCCUCCGGGAGCUGGACAAGAGCAACAGCCCCCUCACCAUGGCUCUCUGUGGUUCCAAAGGUUCCUUCAUUAACAUAUCACAGAUGAUCGCCUGUGUGGGGCAGCAAGCCAUCAGCGGCUCCCGAGUGCCAGAUGGCUUUGAAAACAGGUCCUUGCCUCACUUUGAAAAACACUCAAAGCUCCCAGCUGCCAAGGGCUUUGUGGCUAAUAGCUUUUAUUCCGGUUUAACUCCCACUGAGUUUUUCUUCCACACAAUGGCUGGUCGGGAAGGUCUAGUCGACACAGCCGUGAAGACAGCAGAAACGGGAUAUAUGCAGAGAAGGCUUGUGAAGUCUCUUGAAGACCUAUGCUCCCAGUAUGAUCUGACGGUCCGAAGCUCUACCGGCGAUAUCAUCCAGUUCAUUUACGGGGGAGACGGCUUAGACCCUGCAGCCAUGGAGGGAAAAGAUGAACCUUUGGAGUUUAAAAGGGUCCUGGACAACAUCAGAGCAGUCUUCCCGUGCCAGAACGAGCCUGCGCUCAGCAAGAACGAGUUGAUCCUGACGAGCGAGGCCAUCAUGAAGAAGAACGAGUUCCUGUGCUGCCAGGACAGCUUCCUGCAGACCUUCACUGAGACAGGUUAUGGGAAGUACAACGAGGAAAUAAAAAAAUUCAUUAAGGGGGUUUCUGAGAGGAUCAAGAAAACCAGAGAUAAAUACGGCAUCAAUGAUAACGGCACGACAGAGCCCCGUGUGCUGUACCAGCUGGACCGGAUCACCCCCACCCAAAUAGAAAAGUUUCUGGAGACCUGUCGGGACAAGUACAUGAGAGCACAGAUGGAGCCGGGGUCUGCAGUGGGUGCAUUGUGCGCCCAGAGUAUUGGGGAGCCAGGCACCCAGAUGACCCUGAAGACUUUCCACUUUGCAGGCGUGGCCUCCAUGAACAUCACCCUGGGCGUGCCUCGCAUCAAAGAGAUCAUCAAUGCUUCCAAGGCCAUCAGCACUCCCAUUAUCACAGCACAGCUGGACAAGGACGACGACGCGGACUACGCGCGCCUCGUGAAGGGGAGAAUUGAGAAAACCCUCUUGGGGGAGAUUUCGGAGUACAUCGAAGAAGUGUUUCUUCCUGAUGACUGCUUUAUUCUCGUCAAGCUCUCCCUGGAGCGGAUUAGGCUGCUGAGACUGGAAGUGAACGCUGAGACCGUGCGCUAUUCCAUCUGCACGUCCAAGCUGCGCGUGAAGCCGGGCGACGUGGCCGUUCACGGCGAGGCUGUGGUGUGUGUCACCCCCAGAGAGAACAGCAAGAGCUCCAUGUACUACGUACUACAGUUCCUGAAGGAGGAUCUCCCCAAGGUGGUGGUACAGGGCAUCCCAGAAGUCUCCAGAGCUGUCAUCCACAUUGACGAGCAGAGCGGGAAGGAGAAGUACAAGCUGCUGGUGGAAGGCGAUAACCUGCGGGCAGUCAUGGCCACCCACGGCGUGCGGGGCACCAGAACCACCUCCAACAACACGUAUGAGGUGGAGAAGACACUGGGCAUCGAGGCUGCCCGGACCACCAUCAUCAAUGAAAUCCAGUACACGAUGGUCAACCACGGCAUGAGCAUCGACAGGAGGCACGUCAUGCUGCUCUCCGACCUGAUGACCUACAAGGGGGAAGUCCUGGGCAUCACCCGGUUUGGCCUGGCCAAGAUGAAGGAGAGUGUGCUGAUGCUGGCGUCCUUCGAGAAGACCGCUGACCAUCUCUUCGACGCUGCCUACUUUGGCCAGAAGGACUCCGUCUGUGGGGUGUCCGAGUGCAUCAUCAUGGGAAUCCCGAUGAACAUCGGCACCGGCCUCUUCAAGCUGCUCCACAAGGCCAACAGGGACCCCAACCCUCCCAGAAGGCCCUUGAUCUUCGACACAAGCGAGUUCCACAUCCCCCUUGUCACGUAGUCCCGGGGAAGAGGAACCAUUCCCGGCCUCAGCUGCUUGUCCUGUCUGCAACUGACUGGGAGAGCUUUGUGCUCCCCGGGACAGAGGCCCUGAUGUCCCCGCCUGUGCCAGACGGCAGAGAAGGCCUCUGCAUCCCAGGAGCAGCUCCUCCCCGAGGGGGAGCGGCCCACACCGGUGACCCUGCCUGCACCACGCUGCUUGGAGAGAACUGAGGGUUUUAUUGUUUGUUUGAAACUCAAUGUACAGAUGGCUCCACACUGCCUGCCCAUCCCUAGGCUGGGGAGGAGACCCCAGUUGGGCGUUGCUGCACAUCUGUCCGUCAGCUCCCACUGGUGUCUUCACAGCUGGCUGGGAGCCAGGUCUGAGCCCCGCACAGGCCAGGCCACAUUCCUGGUCUCUCCUUUCCUUAGUCGGGCUGGAAUCUCAUUAUGUGACGUGCUCCUUAAUAUACUGCUUCCGUUA